CGUGCUUUCUCGACCUAACCCUUUAAUCCCCUUUUUUUUAUUUAAAUAUUUAUCUAUAAAUCACCCUUCCCCUCUCCCAUUCAACCCACAAACCAAUCCCCAAUUUCCCAUCCAGAAAGAAAGAAAAAAUCUCAAUCUCCGUCGCCAAACGAAGAAGAAGCAAGGUAAAAAAAAAAUGGUGAAGAAAUUACUGUUAUCUCCGUCGCCGGCGCCGGAAAAGUCGACCUUUGCGCAGACCUGCAACCUCCUGAGCCAGUACUUGAAGGCCGGGAAAGCCAAUCUGGGAGAUAUCAGCCUCGCCGCCAAGUUCGACCACCAACAGCCUCCCGUUAAUUACAAAUCUUCAUCAGCAGCUGCGCCGACCACGACGCUGGACCUUCUGCCGGGCAUCGGCAGCUCCUCCUCCAAUCGGGAGGGAGAGAGCGGCGAAUUAUACGACGGGAAGCCGUUGCCCCGGUUCACCGGGUUCGGAUCUACGACGACCGGAGCAGGGGGAGAAGGCGGCGCUCAGAUGACGAUUUUCUACGGCGGGAAAGUCAUCGUGUUCAACGAUUUCCCGGCGGAGAAGGCCAAGGAGAUCAUGGGCUUGGUUUCCGAACAGCAUGGGAUUAGCAAUAACAAAUCUCAGGACGAGCAGAUUAAUAACAACAACACCGCCGCGGCGGCGGCUUCCUCCUCGUCGACGUCCCCCGACGCCGGCCAGCGGAUCGGCCACCUACGGCCGCCGCAACCCCGGCCGAUGGGUUCGGACCUGCCGAUUGCCAGAAGAGCUUCUCUUCACCGCUUCUUGGAAAAGAGAAAAGACAGGGUUACAUCGAGAGGGCCAUAUCAUCAAUUCGAGUCCCCGAAGGCAGCUGAUGGCGACAAGAAGAAUCCAUGGAUUGAUCGACGGAUGAGCCAAUCGGCUACGCAGCUGGAGCUUAGCUUAUAGGGUUCCCAUUACUUUAUUAAUUAAUUAAUUACCGUGAUCCAUAAUUACUUAGCUUUUGGAUGAUAUAAGAUGUUUCUAAUUGGCUGUUAAUCAAUUUUAACAUCUUUAUCUUCUUUUUUUUUUUUUUGUGCCUAUGCAACAUUUUGACAAAAAGUAUAGACAUUUUUGUACAUCACAAUCCAAUUACAAUGCUAUGGACGGCGCUUUAUUAUUAUCACAUGAAUAUAUCGAGAUCGCUUUGCC